AUGGACGAAGUUAAUAGCAUAGAAAGUUCACAAGAGAUGUCAAAUGCUGAAUCCCCUCUUUGGCAGUAUGUGACUAAAGUAGAAAAACCAGCUGGUGCAUUUGUGAAAUCUGGUGGAAACACAUAUUUUAAGUGCAACUAUUGUGAUAUAGUUUUUAUGGGAUCCUAUUCUAGGCUUAAGGCUCAUUUAUUACAAAUUUCUGGCAAAGGUAUUAGAGCAUGCCGUAAUGUGUCAAAGAGCCAUAGGUUGGAAAUGCAGCGAAUGCAUGAUCAAGUUGAGGCUAAUAAGUUAGAGGAAGAACAGAGAAGUCAUAUUCCCUUACCCCCACUUCCCCCAAGCCGUGGGAUACCUAUUUCCCCAUUUCGGAGACAAGAAGGGAGUGAUAGUAGUCAUAGUACAAAUCUGGUUGAUGCUAAGAGGAGGAAGGUGACUAUGAAUACUACUUUGGAGAAAGCAUUUCAGAAUAAUGCUAGACAUGAUUUAGAUAGUAGAAUUGCUAGGAUGUUUUACACCGGUGGGCUUCCGUUUAACUUUGUAAGGAACCCACAUUAUCGUAGUUCCUAUGCAUUUGCUGCUACUCAUAGCAUUCCAGGUUAUCUUCCUCCUGGAUACAAUGCUUUGAGAACAACACUUUUGCAAAAGGAAAGAGCUCAUGUUGAAAGACUCUUGAAACCAAUUAAGGACUCUUGGCUUGAAAAUGGUGUAAGUAUAGUUUCUGAUGGAUGGUUAGAUCCACAAAGGAGGCCUCUUAUUAAUAUUAUGGCUGUAUCAGAUGGGGGUCCAGUGUUUAUAAAGGCAAUUGAUGGGUCAGGUGAGUUCAAAGAUAAGCAUUACAUUGCUGGGGUGUUGAAGAAUGCUAUAAAAGAGAUUGGACAUGAAAAAGUUGUCCAAGUCAUCACUGAUAAUGCAAAUGUGAUGAAGGCUGCUGGAGCUCUUAUUGAGGGUGAGUGUCCUAAAAUAUUUUGGACACCUUGUGUUGUCCACACUCUCAAUCUAGUUUUGAAGAAUAUUUGUGCAGCAAAAAACACUGAAAAGAAUGAAGUUACAUAUGAGGAAUGUAGUUGGAUUACACGUGUUGCUGAUGAUGCAUCCUUCAUACGUGUUUUUAUCAUGAACCAUUCUAUGAGGUUGACAAUGUUUAAUGAAUUUUGUCCAUUAAAAUUGCUCCAAGUUACUGAUACUAGAUUUGCUUCGGUGGUUGUAACGUUGAAAAGGUUGAAGUUGAUAAAAAGAUGCCUUCAAGCCAUGGCUAUUAGUGACCAAUGGGCUUCUUAUAGGGAGGAUGACGUUGGAAAAGCUCAAAAGGUGAAAGAUAUGAUUCUAAGUGAUCUUUGGUGGGAUAAUAUUGAUUAUAUCCUUAAAUUCACGGCACCCAUUUAUGAUAUGCUACGAAUAGCCGACACAGAUAAGCCUUGUCUUCAUCUUGUGUAUGAGAUGUGGGAUUCCAUGAUAGAGAAGGUGAAAGUAGUGAUAUAUCGGCAUGAAGGCUUGGAAGAGGAUCAAUAUAGCUCAUUUUGGGGUGUGGUGUAUGAUAUACUCAUUGAUCGGUGGACUAAAAAUUCUACACCACUAUAUUGCUUGGCUCAUUCCUUAAAUCCUAAGUAUUACUCCAUUGAAUGGAUUUCGAAGAAUCCAAAACGCAUCCCUCCACAUCAAGAUCAUGAAAUUUCUAUGGAAAGAAGCAAGUGUUUGGAGCGAUACUUUGAAGAUGAGAAUGACUUAACGGUGGUGAAGUAUGAGUUUGAUAAAUUUUCAGGAGGGAGGUUUCCUUCACCAAGUGCCUUGACGGAUAGGUGGACCUUACUACCUUUGGUUUGGUGGCAAUACCAUGGCUCCGCAAUUCCAACUUUUCAAACCCUUGCCCUUAAACUUCUUGGACAACCUUGCUCAUCAUCAUGUACUGAGAGAAAUUGGAGCACGUACAAAUUCAUUCAUUCCUUAAAAAGAAACAAAAUGGCUCCUGCACGCGCUGAGGAUUUGGUAUAUGUGCAUUCUAAUCUUCGACUCUUGUCAAGGCGCAAUGAAGAGUACAUACAUACCGCAACAAAGAUGUGGGAUAUUGCAGGAGACUCUUGGAAUGAGAGUGACAUGCAUGGAGGAGCUGGAAUUCUUGAGAAUGCAGCUCUUACACUUGAUGAGCCAGAGUUGGAGGCUAUAGUUAUUGGGAAUGUUAACACUAGUGCUACUACUAGUGAAAGUGAAGUUCGAAGUGAAGCUAUUGAUCUUGAGGAUGAUGAUAUUUGUGUUUGA